GCACACACACACGCACACACGGCCGUUAGUGAUGUCAUUUGCCAGAAGGUGAAGUCGCAGACGAGGCAGGUGGAGGGUUUUGUGUGCCUGGUGAAGGCGUUUUGACAGCCACGACGUUUAAUGACAUUUAGAAAAGCUUUACAGAGCUCAGAAGGACAGAGGCAGGGACAGACUACGCGAUGCGCAACAUUCGCGGCUGCACGGAAAAUGGUGGUGCUUAAUUCAACGGCCGGCCUAUAACCGCUCCUUUAAUUGUUUUCCCUUUAUACUAACGUCUGGGAACAAGGGUAUUCGCAGGAUUUGACCAUGAAUCCGGCAGAACAAACGGUUACAUGGCUCAUAACGCUCGGUGUUAUGGAGUCGCCAAAGAAGAGCGUGUCGGAUCCGGCCGCGUUUCUGCAGUGCGCGCUGAAGGACGGCGUCGUGCUCUGCAGGCUGAUCGAGCGUCUGCGCCCCUGUACAACCGAACAAGUUUUUCUGGAGCCCAAAAACGACAGCGAGUGUCUGAGCAACAUAAAGGAGUUUCUGAAAGGCUGUGCUGCGUUCCGUGUCGAGCCAUUUGAGGCAGGAGAUCUACUGCAAGGCCAGAACUUCAGCAAAGUUCUCACCACAUUAGUGGCACUCAACAAAGUGACUGCAGAUAUUGGCAUUGGCAGUGAUUCUGUAUGCACUCGUCACUCUACUGCCCAUCGCAUCAAGUCCUUUGAAUCUCUGGUCUCGCAGACCUCACUGGGCCGAUCGUCCAAACUCCUUCAUAACCAGUUCCGAAGCCUGGAUAUGACUGAGAACAGUAACAGCCAGUUGGUGGUGAAGGCUCGCUUCAACUUCCAGCAGACCAACGAGGAUGAGCUCUCCUUCACCAAGGGUGACAUCAUCACCGUAACCCGUACAGAGGAGGGAGGAUGGUGGGAGGGCAACCUCAACGGAAGGACUGGGUGGUUUCCAAGCAACUAUGUCAGAGAGGUCAAAGGUUGUGACAAACAAGUUUCCCCCAAAUCUGGAACACUUAAAAGCCCCCCUAAAGGAUUUGACACCACUGCCCUGAGCAAAACCUACUACAACCUGGUGCUACAAAACAUUUUAGAAACGGAGACCGAGUACUCAAAGGAGCUUCAGAAUCUUCUGACCAACUACCUGAGGCCACUUCAGAACACAGAAAAACUUAGCUCUGCAGACAUCAGUGUCAUCAUGGGCAACCUGGAGGAAAUCAGUACCUUCCAACAAACUCUUGUCCAGUCACUAGAAGACUGCACUAAACUUCCAGAGCUACAGCAGAAAGUAGGGAGCUUUUUUUUAAACCUUAUGCCCAAAAUGAGAGCACUGUAUACAGGUUACUGCUCAAACCAUCCAUCAGCUGUUAACAUUCUCACUGAUCACAGUGAGGAGCUAGGAGACUUCAUGGAGAGUAGAGGAGCAAGUUCACCGGGCAUUCUCACUCUGACCACAGGCCUUAGCAAACCUUUCAUGAGGCUUGACAAAUACCCAACUUUGCUGAAAGAACUGGAGAGACAUAUGGAGGAGGGUCACCCAGAUCGGACUGAAAUUCAAAAGUGCAUGAUCGCAUUCAAGAACCUUUCUGCCCAGUGUCAAGAGGUGCGGAAACGGAAGGAGCUGGAGCUGCAAAUUCUCACAGAAUCCAUUCGUUUGUGGGAGGGUGAAGACAUCAAGACUUUUGGCUCUGUGAUCUACAUGAGCCAGGCCAUGGUACAGAACCAAGGCUGUGAGGAAAGGAAUGAACGGUACCUCAUGCUUUUCCAUCAUGUUUUGCUUAUCCUCUCCGCCAGCCCAAGGAUGAGUGGCUUCAUCUAUCAGGGCAAGCUGCCUUUGAGUGGAAUGGCAAUAACUCCUUUAGAGGACUGCGAAAGCCACAAAAAUGCUUUUGAGCUCUCAGGUUGUAUGUUUGAGAGGAUGCAGGUUAUUUGCUUUAAUAAGCAUGAUCAACAGGACUGGCUGGAGCACCUGAAGCGCCAGACCAAACAUACCAGCAUGACUGCUCCAAGCAUGAAGCCACUCACUGUCCCCUGUCACACGCUUCCAUCCCAUCCUCUAACUCCAUCCAGGCAUGCAGAGAGCCGAGGCCUGACUGUGGCUCCUGUCUACCACACUCUCCCUCAUUCCUCCUCUCAUGGAGCUCCAAACAGCACAGUAAUGUGGGGGCCUCUAGAACCUCCUAAAACACAGAAACCUUGGAGUCUGAGUUGCCUGAGGCCGGCACCCCCACUCAGACCAUCAGCUGCCCUCUGCUAUAAAGAGGACCUCAGUAAAAGCCCCAAAAGUAUGAAGAAGCUGCUGCCCAAACGGAAACCUGAAAGGAAGCCAUCUGAUGAGGAGUUUGCAUUGAGGAAAAGUACUGUAGCACUGGAAGAGGAUGCUCAGAUCCUGAAAGUGAUUGAGGCGUACUGUACGAGUGCCAAAACCCGACAGACACUCAACUCAACAUGGCAGGGCACUGAUCUGAUGCAUAACCAUGUGUUGGAUCAAUCGAGCAUUGAGUGUAUGGGUGGUCGCAGCAGCAUCUCUAGGCCCGAGGGCAGCUCGGACCUUUCAGAGGACUCGGACUAUGAGAGUAUAUGGACGGCUCACUCUUACAGGAUGGGACCGGUUUCCCGACAGAGGAGAGACACUGCUCCAGCCCUGAUACUAUCUGCUGAGGAGAAGAUAAUUGUGGAGGAAAUCAAAAGCAAUGGACAGACUGAUACGGAAGAGAGGAGUCUCAACGAUGUUGUUUAUUCACUAAAAGAUGAAAUCCAAGAACUUAAACAGGACAGUAAGAAAAUUAAACGAUCCCUUGAAGAGGAGCAGCGAGCUCGUAAAGAUCUGGAGAGAAUUGUACGGAAAGUUCUAAAGAAUAUGAAUGACCAGUCUUGGGAUGAAACUAAUUUGUGAGAUCAUGAAAAAUCUUCUUACAGGAUUGGUAGCAUUUGUGGGGAUUUAAAAUUUUAUUUUUCCCGUGAUCUAGAAACCAAUUCUGAUAUAAAUAUAGAUGAACACUCUUAGCUCAUUAUCUUGGAAUUACUACAUUUGCAUGUCUUUGAAGAAACUGACAUGCAGGUGGUUCAUAACAUGGAGGUACUUAUGGCCAGAGGUUUGUAGACACCUUACCAACAGACUGAUCUCUUUUUUGAACAGCCCAAUCCAGAUGUAGUUCCCCUUGCUAUAUUAAUAGGCUCCACUCUUCUGUGAAAGCUUUCAAGCAUGGCUGUAGGGAUUUAUGUUCAUCCAGGUACAAGAGCGUUAGUGAGACACUGACACUGAUGUCAAGUGAGAAGACCUGUGGUGACCUUCGUGUUCAAAUUCAUCCCAAAGGUGUUCACUGGGGUAGAGGUCAGUUCACUUUGAAGACGGCUUAAGCUCUUCUACUCCAAGCUUAACACACCGUGUCUUCAUGAUCCUCACUUUGGGCACAGGGGCAUCGUCAUUCUAGAAGAUAUUUGGGUCUCUUAGUUACAUCGAAGAGAAAUUUUAUAGCUUCAGGAAACAAUCUAGACAUUUAUGUGCUUCCAAAUCUGUGGUAACCACUUUGGUAAAGGUCCAUAUUUGGCCUUGUAUCCAAAAACUAUAUGCAGUAGGAGACAAUCCCAAAAUAUAUAUAAGUCCCAGCCAGACAAUCUCUACAUUGCUUCAGCAUUUAUUUCUGACCAAUUACAUUAAAUACUUGCUAAUUUGAUUGUAAUUAGUUAUGAAUUAAUUGUAUCUAACAAUUCCUAUUUAACUUUUAACCUCCACAUAGUUGAUUUCAAGUCUUUACUCAUAAUGUAAAUUCACUAAGGGGUGUAAUUCAAUUUUAAGAAAUAUGUGGCCCUUACAGCUGACAUGACCAUGCAACUAUGCUAGAGGGGAAGUGACUGUUAUUGUACACGAACUCUUCCUGGUUCACCUCAGCUACUAUACUGAUGCAUGACACCUCACUGACUAUUGCACAUAUUACUGCUGUACAUUGUGUUAACUGUAAAUUUGUGUUUAGAAAUGCUCCAUAUUUUUAAUUUGUAAAUAAUCCAGAGCUGAUGUACUUAUUCCAGAUGUUCAAUAUUUUUCAUUUUCAUUCGUUUCAAAAGUGACCUGGAAUUAACCCUAUAAUGCCUAAUUUUGUUAGGUUUCCACAAGCUCACUAUAUAAGGAAUACAGAUGAACUUUUAAAAAGUUAUCAGGCAUGUUAUGUGUUAAUGCAAUGUUGUUUUCUUCUCAUCUUUAACAGUGUAGUAAAAAUGUUGGUACCACUAUAUUACUAAUGUACUAAAGCUCUUGUAACAUGAUUCUGAAUUACUUGUAGCUGCACUUAUGGGUCAACUAAUCUUUAAUGAGUGCACUCUGAGGACUGUCAGGACAGGAAUUACCUCAUCAAAACACUGUAUUUACUAAAUACCCUUACCUCCAUAUGAC